AUGGGUAUACGGCUACGGAAUGUACUAUAUUUGAUGUUAUGUGCGACGUUGGGGUCGUCGCUCUGCACAAAACCGGGGUUUACGGAAUAUGGCGGUAGUUGUUAUCGGAUUUUGUAUAGUCCAAAGCUGCUCUGUUUUAACGAUGCCGAACAUCUAUGCCAAUCAAUUGGGGCUCAACUAGCCGUCAUACGCUGCCCGAAUGAGAAUGAGCUCGUCAGAAGAUUGGCACUAAUUGACAAGCCUUUAAUGAGCACCCGAGAAGCCCUAAAACGGAAUAAAGCUCCGGAGCACGAGCUGAAUAUGUGGAUAGGUGCAAAAGGCUGUCCAGUGUCCCAUGUACCACAGUGGAUUCAAAAAAGCGAGCGUCACUUCACAUAUCGUAACUGGUGUCCGACCGAACCGAAAUGUGGGCUGCCAGACCAAGAGCAAUGCGUCACGUACUCGAUUUGCCCGAAGAAGGGCGGAAUCUGGAGCAUGCAACCGUGUAAAAACAAGACGCUGGCUGUUCUCUGUGAGGAACGAACGAUAAACAGUGGCGGCGCUUGCAAGGCGUUCAAGCAACCGGUACUCGCCACUUCCAAAUGCUUGAGAAGCCCUACCACUUGCCCAACCGGAUUCCGACAAUCACACGAUUCCUGUUAUUCCCUCAUCGAAUCCCCCUUGGACUUUGCUAAUGCCCGAAUAAACUGCCGAAAGCUUGACCAACGCGCAGAUGUCGCGACUAUACGUACUGAAGCAGAGAAUAGGGCCAUUAUCGCCUAUGUCGAGGCCUGCAAGACGCUGAAGGCAAAACGCGAUCUGUUGAAGCCCCGGUUUACGAAGGCGCAGGAAGUGAUGCUGAAUAUGUGGAUUGGAAUGCAUGGUUGCAACAAGACACGUAUUCCACAAUGGUUUUCCGCUUCCGAGAGGCGGUUUACCUAUAGAAAUUGGGCAAAAGGUCAGCCGCAUCUUGCAAUACCCGAUGAUCAGUGCGUAUGGUUCUCACUCUGCCCAAUCCGUGGAAUCGGUGUCUGGGGUGAUCAGAGUUGCGGUGCAAAAAUGUUGGCCACAAUAUGUCAAAUACGGCUCGGAGGAGAUGGUUUUCCUGCUCCUGAUGCUCUUCCAGGUCCUAAGGGCUCUGCUACGGUCAUCGAGGCACCGGAAGUCCCAAAGCAGCAAGCACAGCGACCACCUACAUCAGCCAACAAAGAUCAGCAUCCGGUUGCCGCGAUUCCGGAAAAUGCCAAGCCAAAACCGGGUGGUGUCGACCCUUCAAAAUCCACUCAGAAGGACGUUGCCAAACCUGGUCCGAAAGAUCCAGUCAAACCUAGUGAGCAGGUCGCUGCCAAACCUGGCGUGAAGGAUAGCGCUAAACCAGGUCAAAACGAUCCGGCUAAACCCGUUCAGCCGGAAGCAGCGAAACCCGGACAGAAGGACACUGCCAAGCCUGGUGUGAAAGACACUGCUAAACCAGAUGCUAAGGGUCCGGUGGCGCCAGGACAAAACGAAGCAGCAAAACCUGGUCAGAAUGCUCCUACUAACCCUGCUGAAAAGGAUGCAGCUAGACCAGGUCUGAAGGACCCUAUCAAGUCCGUUCAGAAGGAGGUCGCCAAACCUGGCGCUAAAGACGCUGCCAAGCCUGGUCAGAACGCUCCUGCAAACCCUGCUGAAAAGGACGCUGCCAAACCCGGUCCGGAGAAUCCUACCAAUCCCGGGCAGAAGGAAGCUGCGAAACCUGGUGCUAAAGACGCUGUAAAGCCUAGCCAAAAUACUCCUCAUGGUCCGAAUAGUUCAUCCAACCCUGCUGGUAAGGAUGCUGUUAAACCCGGCCCAAUGGGCCCUGCCAAACCUGGCGCCAAGGGCACGACGGAAAAAGGAGCUGCUACGGCUAAACCUGGUGGUCAGGCUCCUACAAAGCCGGGCCAAAAGGACCCUGUGAAACCUGUUCAAAACGGAGCGGCUAAAGCUGAUGAGAAGAAUCCUGCCAAACCCGCAGUGAAGGACGUUGCCAAACAGCCAGUCGAUCAAGCCAACAAUGCGGUUAGCCUUGCCGAGCCGCCAAAGCCAAGCGGCCCAUGUCCUCUGCCCGGCUUCACCAAUUUUGGCGGUACAUGCUAUCGGAUUAUCCUCGCACCAAAGGGGGUUCGUCAGAUAGUAAUGCGUCAGCGUUGCCAGCAGCUUGGUGUCGAGGUCGACCUCGGAACGAUUCGAUGCGCCGCCGAAAAUUCUGCAGUUAUGGCCCUUGCCAGUCAAAUGCAAGCACUGAAGAAACUACUCGCAAGCUCAAAACCGGCGGAUAUAAAGAAACAGAACAUUUGGCUCGGCCUGCAUACCGUAUCUUAUAACAACGCCAAAAACCAGGAAAAGUGGUUUGGCACCUCGACGGCCGCUUUUAGAAACUGGGCCUCACAAGAGCCCGCUUAUGUUGGAUCUGAGAACUGCGUUCAGCUCUCCUUGAAUGCCUCGAUUUUGGGGCAAUGGCAUUCGACAAACUGCGCGUCACUCAGUUACGCAGCUCUUUGUGAGAUUCAAUUGGACACAAACGGCCAGGGUUGCCCUAACACGGAUGUCCUUGCGACGCAAGCAGAAAGCCCUGUUCAGUUAAAACCCGCGCAGCAGAGCCCGAUUAUAUCGAAGGACAGUGAGAGAGACGACACCCCUCAGCCAGAUUUAUCUAGAAAUUUG